AGCGUGCUUCGAAAAUUAUCCUUGGAUUUUGGAUCAGUGGUUAGUCGAUAAACAGAGCCAAAAAGAAGGAAGAAUUCAACCAUUUGACUUGCAAGCCUUCGAUAAAGCCUGCAAGGACCUCGACCUGGCAGAAAGGCAAAGGAGAAAUCUGAGGCGGCUCAGAAGAAAAGCCAAACGAAUCUUAUCAGUUGUAGCAGAUUGAAGGACGAAUCUAGGAAGAGAGCAUUCUUGUACUCGAUUUAUACAUCACAUUCAUCCACAACCUCAAAAUGGUUAACUUGCAAUUACGCAGUAUACUGAGCCUAGCAUGGCUCAGUCUCCCUAUAUUUGCGAGGGCAUUCUCAGCAGACCCAGCAGCAUCACCAUCUGCAGAUACAGAGCUUAUAUGCCCUACUGAAAACCAAGCAGAAUGUUACCCGCGUAUUUUUCAACCAACGAGAGACUUCCAAAUUAUUAGGCCUGGGCAAGAUAUUCCACCAGGGCUUCAUGUUCGGCUAAACAUAUCUUCCGGUCUGAAAGAAGCUCGUCUCAAUAUUCCAAUGGAAGGUGAUGAUGUCACGCUGGAACUUGAUAUUCCUACGGAACAAGCCAUGGUCGUGAUCGAAGAUGUUGAAGUGAAAUCCUCGGAAGAAGCGCAACCAUCCUCGAGCCCCCCGGCUUUCAGUGGCCAUGGGAAGAUACAACCCCCACCGCCCUCAUCAUCUGACUUUGAAUCAUUCCGGACUUCUCUUACCUCAUUGAAAGGAGAAGAUGCAUCCCUCAAUGCAGCGCUGACCUCUCUUUCAGAGCUAUCACACGACAUUUACUACGGAUCGGAACUCAUGGCUGAUGAGGCGGCAGUUUCCGCCCUAAUAUGUCUCAUGGCCAAGGAGUCUUUAUCCGAAGAUGGCAGUGAUCAUUCAGCGUCUGCAAUCCUCUCUAGUUCUCUACAGAAUAAUCCCACUGCCGUCGCCUCCCUGUCUUUGUUCCACGAUGCCGUCAUGGCACCCACUUGUCCUGCCCUUCGCGAAAAAGGAUUGAGUCUUAUUCCUGCACUCAAGAAAAAGCUAUCAGCCUCUAACACGUCACCUUCCUCUCUCAAAUCUCAAAUAGCAGCUCUGAGUGGCCUGUUGAAAUCGCCUCAAAUCCAAAAUUCUUUCUUCAAGCAAGAUGGUACUUCAUACCUACAAUCCGUCUUCUUAAAGUCUGGAAUUGAAUACGACGUCGUCCGUAAACGUGUCGUGCAACUUUUGAUGGACAAUUUCCUGGAUGAAAGCAUGGGUGCGCGGUUGGGAGUCUGGCCGAAGGUGGAUGUAGUUCAGAAGGGUGAGAAGGAAUGUAAUGGUGAUGCUGUUAAUGAUGAAUGUUGGGCAUGGUAUGGGAAAGAGUUUUAUGAGACGGAAAGUGGAAAGAAAGAGUGGAUGGGUGAAUUUUUAGAAAGGAUAGGUCAAGGUAGUCAAGGCGGGGAGAGGGACAGGGAGUUAUAAGCAUGAACGCAAUAUAGGCGUAUAUUUGUAUCAACCAACAUGUAUAAUUAAAAUCACGAUUACUACGCUAUGUGAAGAGUGAAAUUAUUAGAGAUCUCGUCGUCACA